AUGUCCGUCCCCGUGGCCACGUCGUCGCGGAAUCGCACCGUAUCAUUAAGUUCCGGAGGAAGGUCUGCAGCAAGGAGCAAAUCCUCUCAGGUUCCAGACAGCACGACUAUGCCUCACGUUACCGAUCUCAAGUACUUUGACCCUUGCGCCGCCACGGCCUCAAUGUUUUUAUACGCCCAGGGCUCAUCCGUUGUCUGUUGCCACCAUGAUACCCUUACUAUCGAACGAAGAUUCUCACGACAUGCCGAUGAGGUUCAAUUAUUGGCCGUUGACAACCAAAGCGAAAGUGGCGGCGGUCGCUUGGUUGUAAGUUACGAUGCUGGUCAGACAGCAAUUGUAUGGGACCUGAUGACGGGUGAUGAAAUCGCUCGAUUUGCCUCAUACGAACAUUUGACUGUCGCCGCAUGGAUGAAGAACGGAAAUGUUGCUUUUGGCAACACAAAAGGAAGCAUUAUCAUGUUUGAACCUUCAACUUCGGAACACGUUUCUUCACGAACCAUCGACCAAAUUGCCGUAACCGCACUGGCUCCUUCAUCUGAUUGUCGGACAUUUGCCAUUGGCUAUCAAAACGGCUCUCUGUUUGUGGCUACACUGCAGCCACGAUUUACUAUUCUACAUAAUCUCACUACUUCUAGAGGACCAUCGCCAAUCGUCAACCUUGCAUGGCAUGCUUCUUCCUCACGACAGAAGUCGGAUAUGCUUGCGGUUCAGAUGCGGGAUGGAGACCUCCGCGUCUGGAGCGUGGCAAAGAAGUAUAGUGCUGAUGAUCCUGCAAAAGUUGUUCGAAAUCUCAGAAAAGCUGAGAUUUCCAUGGACGGGCCUAAUUGGAUGGGUUGGUCCAAAAACGGUCGCAUAAUUCAGUAUUCCGACUCGCAAACGCAAUCAUGGGAUGUCAGAACAAAGCACGUCACUCAUGAUCCCAUUCCAACUCUCGACCUUGUUCGAGGUCUCGCCGUCUAUGGCCCAGGAGCCACUCUUUUUACUCUUGGCCCCAACAACACGGCACAGCAAUUUGAUCUCAACUCGCCAGCUAUUAUGGUCGCCAAUGUCCAGCAUCCAGCAAACUUGUUGCCACCAUCACCUCCAGUCUCGGAGGAGACGGGGGAUAGGUCGGCGACUUCAGCCACUACUAUUGCCUCCGAGUCCGAGUCCAGCUCAAUCCCCUUGGAUAUGAACAUCUCCGAGAGUGAUGAAGAUCAUCUGUCACCGUUCGCCCGCCUUACUAGACGCCAAGCUUACGACUCCGGGAACGAACCUUAUGAAUCAGCCAGCCCUGUUUCCAGCCGAAGUGGUCUCUCAUCCUUAUCACAAUCCUCGACAGGAUCCUCCCAAACCCCUGGUCGUUAUCCUCAAUCGACGAGGUCCAAGGGCUUAUCAGAAAAUACUUACAUCUCUGCGGGAACCUCAAUUCGGUCAUCUACCAUCGGCAACGGCAAUGCCCAAGGCAACUCGCGGGACAUGGAUGCCUACUCAAUGGGAUAUUCCCUUGGUACUACCAGCGUUUCGUCUAUGGCUUCCAGCCGUUCGCGCCGCAGACCCUCUCGCCUACGCAACGAAGUUCCCCGCAGCCCUGACGAUAACAAGGUCCAUGAUCUCUUCAAAUUUACACGAGCUCGUCUUAGUGAUAUCCCAUACAAACAUGCCAUGGGCUCUAACAACGCCCGCCUGACUAACGACGACCUGCGCCGUCAGAUGCUCAACACUAUCUUUGGGUGGAAUAAGGAAAUUGAGGACCUGAUCCGGGAUGAAAUGAGCAGACACCCUCAAGGGUCUCCUAGCCGCAUCCUUCUAGCCAAGUGGCUCGGUGAUAUUGAUUCCAACAUCAUGAAUGCCAACUUUGAAAACAUGACCUCAUCCGACUGGAUGCUUCUUGCACUGAGUGGUAUUGGGGGUCAGGCGUCUCAACAAAAGCUCGGCCAAGCUUAUGUUCAGCGACUGCUCGAGUCCGGGGAUGUACAUGCUGCAGCAACGAUUAUGCUUGGCAUGGGUGAGCACAACGACGCUAUUGAAGUUUAUGUUUCUCACAAGCGUUACAUGGAAGCACUGAUCCUCACAUGCCUCUCCGCGCCUGGUGUAUGGGAGCGUCAGGCUGCUAUCAUUCGAAAGUGGGGAGAAUGGGCAGUUCAACAUGGUCAGCAACAGCUGGCAAUCCGCUGUUUCGCUUGUACUGACCAAGAGUCUACGGAGCCUUGGGCAUCUCCAUCUGCUGCCCAACUCAACUUUCAGUCCAUGACUCCUAGUAUUCCUGAGAUACUGAGCCCGCCGCUAUCUCCCCCUGGCGUUCAACGUGGCCCCCAGCGAAGCAUCGCUAAGACUUCUGCACUCAAACUCAUAACCUCAUUUGGCGACCAAGCGCAGAAGUCGAAGUUUUUCGCUGGUGAUGGAGGCCAGACCCCCAUUGCUGCAGGUGUUACUCCCAUUGCCGACUCUGCCGGCUCGCCUGCAUUGUCUCACGCCUCCAACAAUGAGGCCACGACAGCGUUCCUUCGUCCCUCCAACAACAGCAGGUUCAAUACACCAGUAUCCGCUCGAGCCCGAGGUCGAUUACCAUCUAUCGGAGAAAUACCAUCGGACCUCAACAGGGAGGCGAUAAGAUCCGCAGGGCUUUCCGCCGCACCUUCUGAUUAUGAACCUCGAUCCAGCCAUGGCCGAACCCCGUCUGGCAAUGACAACAUGAUGUUCGGCUCUGCAUUGCAGCGCGCUGCCACAGCAAGCCCAAUGAUGAUGCGUGAGCAUGCUCAGCGUGUUGUUCAGCCUUCCGAAGGAGAAUUUCCGCCACCGCCAGAUCAAACUGUCAUGAUGAAGAUGCAGCAAGCAUCACGUAACCAUCGGAAUGGUUCCCGUGAUCGUAUUCCCUUGGGCGUCAACCUGCAACUGCAGCCUGGAGUUUCCCAUGAAGAAGUAACAUCUCCGGAGCAUUCGGUUACUUCGUCGACCCGUUACCACUGGCCAAGUCGCCGUCGAGGUCCGGCGUCCGUUACCAGCUCCGUCACUUCUGCAUCAAGCGCUGGUCGAAGUCUUCGUCAUCAAGCCGUGCGAAACCGAGAAGACUACAUCCACAGUCUCGACGCUGCCAACCACUUCUCCAAAAGACAGCGAAGCCGCCAGCGUAGUCACUCAAGAACACGGGAUGCAUCACGUAGCCGCCCGGGCAGUCGCGAACGAACCGCCAGGUCUAGAGAGCCCUCAGAGGAACGAGGCCGGGUCGCUGCUCGAGGAUGGCCCAAAGCCAAGCGAUCACCGACCUCACCCAUUCCCAUGUCUCCUGAGGAUCUCUUGAACUUAAGCACUCCACGACAUGGUCAGGUCGGUGAGCCAAACACGGUUCGCAAGGUCAGCGGGUCAACCAUGAAGCCUGGAAGCCGAGGGUCAAGCCGAGCAAGCCGUCGCAGGAGCCCCGAUAGUCGAAAUCGCCCACCAGCCUUGACUCUCCGUGGACGUAGCCAAGGCCGAGACGGUUCUGUACAGCGUUCUCCUUCCUCUCCACUUCCUCUUGCUACUGUACCUCACUACCAGGGCUCUGAGGACGAGGAGGACUACAGAGCAGCAAUGGCAGCUCAGGAGGAAUUCAGGAACAAGCAUAGCCGCAGCGCUAGCCGAGGCCUGAACUCCCCAGCACUGAGUAAGCAGGACAACACAGAGAGCCGGCGCAGGGCCAAUUCUGAAGCGGCGAACUUUGACGGAUCAAUGCCUGUUCAUGGUCGAGCUGCCUCUACAGAGCACGCCGGCGACCUAAAGCAGAUGAAGGAUGAGCGCCAGCGAAAGAAGGAGCAAGCUGCCCGAGAGCUCGAGGAGCGUCGUAAGUCAUUGGCCAAGCGUGCACAAACACCUUCUAUCCCUCAUCCCAACGAGUUCUCUCCUGCCCUUGCAGUCACCGUUGAGAUGGCCGAGCCAAAGCAGCUAUCCGAUGAUAUCCCACCCCGAAGCGCUACAGAGCCACCACAGAGGAGCAUGUACGCCCGAAACGGCCCUGUGAUCGGUCUUCCAGCAACUCCAAAGGCUAUGAGGCUUAUUAUUGAGGGCAAUCACGAUCAGUCUGGAAGCACUCCCAGGCCUGAAAUGCCUAUGAUCCCGGCCACCUUCUCUCAGAGACACUCACCAGAAACCUCUCCUCAGCAAUCUCCAGAGAAGGUGGAGCCCAGCGCGGAGCCUAGUCUGACUCUGUUGCCAUCAACUGUCUACCAGCCCCCAUCUCGACCCUCGAUUCCUCGCAGCAUGUCGGCUCCAAUUCCCGAUGAGCCUGGCCAACGUCCAGCCCGUUUCGGGCGCAAGAGUAGUGUAGGACGAAUUGAAGAGGUUGUUCCCGGAGAGCGACGACGCUCUCACGAGGAUGAUCCCGUUCCUCCUCCACCACCUCCCGCGCCUCCAGUGCUUAAGGAGUUGAGGCAUCUUGCGUCACCUCCACCGCCGCCACCAGCCCCUCUUCAACAUGCCCACCGACCUCAACAGGCGGGCGCUGUUGCAUCAGGGAUGAUUGAGAUCGUCAUGGACGACGAUUUGUCUUCUGGCAACGACCAAGCUUCGGAGGCCAGCCCUCCAGUCCCGGCCUCCCACAAGGGUCAUAACCGGGGCCGAAGCAUCGGAGACAGCAGCAUCUCAGGACGCAUCCACAAGGCUACUGAGAGACUUCGAUCUGCCAGUCGCAGUCGCAAGGAGUAUGUGCGGUCUCCUCCAUUUGAGGCUCCUUAUGAGAGCGUUCCAAUGCCACGACAGCUCAGGUCUCCCCCACCAGUGUCAUUCAACCCUGAUGUGCUGCGUUCACCCAUUGACUCAAGGAACAAGCACAUGUCAACUGGCCUGCAUCAGAACGAGAUGAUCUAG